CUUUUUGAAUUACUGUGUGUAAAUAUUCCACCAUGGCACUAACGUCGCGCUUUUACUUCGAGCGAUAUCCCGAGAUCGAGGAUGUCGUUAUGGUAAACGUACUUUCCAUUGCGGAAAUGGGCGCUUACGUCCAUCUGCUGGAGUACAACAACAUCGAGGGCAUGAUCCUGCUCUCUGAGCUGUCACGACGUCGCAUCCGUUCCAUAAACAAGCUGAUCCGAGUAGGCAAAACCGAACCCGUCGUCGUCAUCCGUGUGGACAAGGAGAAGGGCUACAUUGAUCUGUCCAAGCGUCGUGUCUCCCCCGAGGAUGUGGAAAAGUGUACCGAGCGGUUCGCCAAGGCGAAAGCCAUCAAUUCUUUGCUCCGGCAUGUGGCCGAAAUCCUCGGCUACGAUGGAAACGAAAAGCUGGAAGAGCUAUACCAGAAAACUGCCUGGUACUUUGAAAAGAAGUACAACAGCAAAACGGUGGCUUACGACAUCUUCAAGCAGUCCGUGACGGAUCCCUCGGUCUUCGAUGAAUGCAAUCUGGACGCCGAAACCAAGGAGGUGCUGCUGAGCAACAUCAAGCGCAAGCUGGUCUCGCCAACGGUCAAAAUCCGGGCUGACAUCGAGUGCUCCUGCUAUGGUUAUGAGGGCAUUGACGCCGUCAAGGCAUCCCUCACCAAGGGCCUGGAGUUGAGCACCGAGGAGCUACCCAUCCGGAUCAAUCUGAUAGCACCGCCACUCUAUGUUAUGACCACGUCCACGACCAAGAAGACAGACGGCUUGAAAGCCCUCGAGGUGGCCAUCGAACACAUACGGGCCGAGAUCGUGAGGUACGAGGGCGAAUUCAAGGUGAUAAUGGCACCUAAGCUGGUCACCGCCAUCGACGAGGCCGAUCUGGCCAGGCGGCUGGAGCGGGCCGAGGCCGAGAACGCCCAGGUGGCCGGCGACGACGACGAGGAGGAUGGCGUCGAUCAGGAGGGCAUGCAAUUCGAUCCCGAAAAGGAGUUCAAUCACAAGAGUUCGUUGUCGACGGCCGCGAACAAUGACGAUGACGAAGACGACGAGGACGAGGACUAGUAUAGUGGUGGCACCGGAACGGAGUAGCAGACGAGCAACAGAAGCGUUUUUUUUUUGCAUAAGCAAGCUAGACGAUCAUGGGAAUAAUAUAUAUUUUUUGCUGUGGAAAUAUCUCCUAAAAUUGCUGUUUCUUUAUAAAUUAUACCAUAAUAAAUAUUAUAAGUCAA